AUGGCAGAUUCAACGAGUAAAAAUCAGACAGUGGAUGCCAAAAAGGAAGCGAAUCAAAUGCUGAAUUUAAUGAAUAUCGUUAUCAAAGAGCAGGAAAAGAAGCAAGAUAAGAAGAGAGACAGGAAAUUCCUAGAGAAGUUUAAGAGCAAGUCUAAGAUGAAUGGAAAGCAAAGUGAAUAGAAAAAGAUAGAGCAGAAUCCAGAAAGUGAUGUUUCCCUGGUAGACUAGAUAUUCAGACCUCUUGCAAACGCAUUCAAAGGAGAUACACCUAUUGUGUCAAUAGACUGCGAAAUGGUUGAGGUAGAUAAGUUUAGCGAUGGCUUGGCUAGAGUGUCGAUUGUAAACUACAAUGGGCAUAUUUUGUAUGAUCAGUAUGUGAAGCCAGAGGGUAGAAUAACUAACUAUCGCACUUGGGUAUCUGGAAUCACCCCAGCAAAUAUGAAUGGCUCUAAGCCUUUUAAAUAAGCCAUCACAGAAGUACAUAGAAUACUAAAGGGCAAAAUAAUAGUGGGGCAUUCACUCAAGCAUGAUUUUAGUGUCCUCUAAAUGAGGGAAGGAGAUCGCUAUUAUAACGAAGACAACACCCCUAACUUUAUUGAAGUCACUGCAGGACAGAGCACAUUCAUAGUUACAAAGGAUAAAAUUAGAGACAUAGCUAAGUACAGAAAGUAUUAGAACUAGAAUGGGCAGGCUAUAUCUCUGAAGAGACUUACUGAGGAAUUUCUGAAUCGUAAAAUUUAACAAGGCUCGCAUUGCUCAGUGAUUGAUGCUCGUGCUGCUAUGGCUCUCUACCGAAUAAAUGAAUAGGAAUGGGAGAAUACAGUAAAAUAGAAGAGCUAUUGCUCUGUCAAAGAGAAGGUAGCGAGAGAUGCUGGUUAGUUGUAAAAGUUUUUCGGAGGGGCUUCCCAACCCACUAAGAAACUUAAAAUAUGA